AUGGAGACUGAUGUGGCCGAAACGCCCGGGAAGAGAGCUCUGCCUCCCCAGGAUUCUCCCUUUUCCCAAGAAAACUGCACAGAAGAGGGAGAAGUGGCAGCUUUGCGCCUCACUGCCAGGUCGCAGGCAUCAGUGACCUUCAAGGAUGUGGCCAUGGACUUUACCCCAGAGGAGUGGGGGAGGCUGGAUCCUGCCCAGAGGGACGUGAUGCUGGAGAACUACAGGAACCUGGUCUCACUCUGGCUUCCAGUUUCCAAACCUGAGAACCACAGUUUGGAGAAUGGAAAAGAACCACUGCUGCUUGAGAGAAAAUCCCCCAAAAGCAGCUGCUCAGACUCGGAGACUAGUCCCAGAAGCAAGGAUUCAACUUCAGUGCAAGAUUUUUCCAAAGAAGAAUCAUGCCAGGUUGCAGUCAUAGACAGGCUGACAAGGGACAGUGUCUGUGACUCCAGCACAGAAACAACUCUCGACUGCCAGAAGUCAGUCCUUCUCACUCAAGACAGAGUUCCCAAAGGACCCUAUGCCUUCCACACCCUAGAAAAAAAACUGAAACAGAAAUCUACCUUAAUGAAAAAGCAGAGGACCUAUAAAGAAAAGAAACCUCAUAAAUGCAGUGACUGUGGUGAACUCUUCACUUACCACUCAGUGCUCAUUCGACACCAGAGGGUCCAUACAGGGGAGAAGCCCUACAGCUGUGCAGACUGUGGGAAAUCUUUCAGCCACAGGGCUAAUUUAACCAAACAUCAGAGAACUCACACAAGAAUUCUCUUCGAGUGCAGGGUGAAGCCCUAUGAAUGUAACGAGUGUGAUAAAGCCUUCAUUCAUUCCUCAGCGCUCAUUAAACAUCAAAGAACUCACACCGGAGAGAAACCUUACAAAUGCCAGGAGUGUGGGAAAGCCUUUAGCCACUGCUCAUCACUUACCAAACAUCAGAGGGUUCACACCGGAGAAAAACCCUAUGAGUGCAGCGAAUGUGGGAAGACCUUCAGUCAGAGCACACAUCUUGUCCAGCAUCAGAGGAUUCACACGGGAGAGAAACCCUACGAGUGUAACGAGUGUGGGAAGAGCUUUAACCAGCCUUCUUAUCUUAGUCAACAUAAAAAAAUUCACAGUGGAGAAAAACCCUAUAAAUGUAGUGAAUGUGGAAAGGCUUUCAUUGCUUCUUCAUCACUUAUGGUGCAUCAGAGAAUUCAUACUAAGGAGAAACCUUAUCAAUGCAAUGUCUGUGGAAAAUCUUUUAGCCAGAAUAAGUCAUAUCUUAGUGUACAUCAGAAGACCCAUACUGAAGAGAAACCAUAUAAAUGCAAUGAGUGUGGGAAAUCUUUCAAGAAUACCACAAUCUUUAAUGUUCAUCAGAGAAUUCAUACUGGAGAGAAGCCCUUUAGGUGUAAUGAAUGUGGAAAAGCCUACAGAAGUAAUUCCAGUCUUAUUGUACAUAUCAGAACUCACACUGGGGAAAAACCCUAUGAAUGUAAUGAAUGUGGGAAAGCAUUCAAUCGUAUAGCAAAUUUCACAGAACAUCAAAGGAUUCAUACUGGAGAAAAACCCUAUAAAUGUAAUGAAUGUGGGAAAGCAUUUAUUAAUUAUUCAUGCCUUAGUUCAUACCUUAUUGUACAUCAGAGGACCCACACUGGAGAAAAACCAUAUAAAUGUAAUGAAUGUGAGAAAGCUUUCACUAAUACAUCACAGCUUACUGUGCAUCAGAGAAGGCAUACUGGAGAGAAACCCUAUAAAUGUAAUGAAUGUGGGAAAGUUUUCACAAACUUUAUUGUGCAUCUGAGGAUGCACACUGGAGAAAAACCCUAUAAAUGCAGUGAAUGUGGAAAAGCCUUUAGGAGUAGCUCCAGCCUUACUCGUGCCCACCUUACCAUACACCAGCGGAUCCACACGGGAGAGAAACCCUACAAGUGUGAUGACUGUGGGAAAGACUUCAGCCAGCGUGCUCACCUCACCAUCCACCAGAGGACACACACGGGAGAGAAACCCUACAAGUGCUUGGAAUGUGGUAAAACCUUCAGCCACAGCUCAUCACUCAUUAAUCACCAGAGAGUUCAUACUGGAGAAAAACCUUACAUAUGCAACGAAUGUGGGAAGACCUUCAGCCAGAGCACACACCUCCUCCAACAUCAAAAGAUACACACAGGAAAGAAACCAUAUAAAUGCAAUGACAUAUGUGGGAAAGCCUUCAGCCAGAGUGCAAACCUCACUCAGCAUCACAGAACACAUACUGGGGAGAAACCCUAUAAGUGCAGCGUGUGUGGGAAAGCAUUCAGCCAGAGCGUUCACCUUACUCAGCACCAGAGGAUUCACAAUGGAGAAAAACCGUUUAAAUGCAACAUAUGUGGGAAAGCAUAUAGACAGGGUGCAAACCUUACUCAGCAUCAAAGGAUUCACACUGGAGAGAAACCCUACAAAUGCAACGAGUGUGGGAAGGCAUUCAUUUAUUCCUCAUCACUUAAUCAGCAUCAGAGAACUCAUACUGGAGAGAGACCCUAUAAAUGUAAUGCAUGCAACAAAGAUUUUAGCCAGAGAACAUGCCUUAUUCAGCACCAGAGGAUUCACACGGGAGAGAAGCCCUAUGCAUGCCGCAUAUGUGGUAAAAGCUUCACCCAGAGUACGAACCUCAUCCAGCAUCAGCGCGUCCACACAGGUGCCAAAAAUCGAAACUAA